AUGAACGGGUCGUUGACUGAUCCUUGGAGAUUUUCGUUCGGGGCACGGGCGGUGGUGACAGGGGGCACCAAGGGUAUAGGAUCGUCGAUUGUGAGUGAGCUCUGCACGAAAGGUGCCUCCGUCUUGACGUGCAGUCGCAACGAAGACAAUUUGGUCAGCACGGUUUGUGCUUGGAGGGAAGGUGGAUACGAUGUUGAAGGGGUUGUGGCAGAUCUGUCAACUGCCAGUGGAAGAUAUGCCUUUGCUGAUGCAAUUCGCACUUGGCUGCAUGGAAAGCCGUUGGACAUCCUGGUUAACAAUGUGAGCCAACAAGUGGAACACCUUGCCGAUGGUGAAGACGAACUACAAACCGAUGAAAUCUGGGCAUCCAAUUUCCACUCCAUGUUCAUGUUAACAUCUAUCUGUCACGAACAGUUGAAACGAAAACAUGGAUCAAGAACAACAAGCUGCGUGGUGAACAUUGCCAGUGUGGUUGGCUUUACUAGUCCUGAUACACACGCUCCUUAUCCGGCUGCCCAGGCAGCUGUCAUCAAGACCACCGGCGACUGGGCUUGUGAAUGGGGUCCACAAGGGAUCCGAGUCAACUGUGUUGCGCCGUGGCUAAUCCAUGGUGACACCCACGGGCCGUUUGCAGCCAAGGGCGAAAAAUCAGCGGCAGCAAGGACGCCGCUUGGACGAUUGGGUGAAGCUACCGAAGUUGCCGGGCUGGUUACCUUUCUUUGUCUUCCGAUAUCUGGCUUCAUCACCGGUCAGGUUAUCUGCGUUGACGGAGGAUACUCUCGAAGCGAAUACUAUGAUCAACUUUCGGCUGAGAGAAUGCGACAAAAAGCGGAAGAGAUUGCCAUGUCAAAGGCCUCGAUGACACAUGUUGCAUUACCAAAUUUUGAAGAGGUUUGCAGAGAAUUGAGGGACGACCGCUAUGUCUAUAGUAACACUGCGAAGGAGCCCGCCGCUAUAACUGGAACUGAUGUCACUCCGAGGAUCGGCCACGAAGCAACAAAUGCGAAGUGGGAAAAGUUUCGCCGGAACAGGCGGAUGAGGAAAGAGGCAGAAGAAUCCAGGGACGACGACAAUGUACCCAAAGAUUCAACCAGGGAUGGCUGGGACGAAAAGGUGAUACAAGAUGCCUUUCCAGUGAAAGAGUCUUCUGUGGGUACUACUAGUGCCGGUAACAGAAGGAGAAGUCGAUCAAAGUCACCAGGAUCGAAGAAGAGCUCGUCACAACGAAAGAGCACGAAGAGUGUCUCCUUUCAACGGAUGCCUGAAUACUGCGACUUCAACCAAGCGAAGCCACUCUCAGUGAUUCAUGAGGUUGUAGAGGGUGACUUUGAUACGAGUGAGCCAGUGGAUCUAGACAGGGUAAAAUCUUUCCGAGACCGUCUCAGAAAGAUUCAAGAAAAGAAAAACUCUCGCAAGACUUUGUUGGGGCGAUCCCGCUCUCUGGGAUGUGUCUUUCCUUCAACUGGAGGAGGGAGUGGCGACCGUGUCUACAAAGGCAUCGGCUCUGGGGAAGAGGAGGAAGAGCAGCAGGAGCAGCCAAAUCAGGUCAACGUAGCAGCCCAUGCUGAAGAAAUUGAAGUGCGGGUAGAUAGCAUCGAAAUAUAG